AUUACUCGUAUUCGGGGGCCGGGGCCUUGAGCAUUAGGACAUCAUAUCCAGUAUAGAUGGGAUUAAUUGCGAUGAACUGGAUUAGGUGGAAGAUGUUUUGUUGGCAACACUAAGCACCGGGUCUUAGAAGCUCUCAGGUUCUACUGCGCUCGGGCUUCACAAUGCUGUGAAAAGUGAGAUAUCUACAAUUGGUCCCACCAAAGAGCAACCCCAAGGGGCUAAAGAAUCAUCAACUUGUAAAUCUUUUCCCCUCCGAUUGGUGUCUUAGGAGUAACUAAUGCCUAUGAUUGGGGAGAGAUUAGAAGCAAGACGAUAAAGACACCAAAAGCCUACCUAUUUCUUAAUGACUUCAGAUUACAAGCUCACACUUGCAACCAAGCUUGAAAAUGUAUGCUGGAGAACUACUCAAUACUUGGUAACACAAAGGCCGUGGCUUGAUCUUUAUGGGGUCCAUAUCAGAGCUGUCACCCCUUUUGGCAAUGCAAUUCACAAGCCUUCCAUCGAUACUGCACUUAUACACCGUUGCUUGCCCGAUGAGCUCUUUUUUGAGAUCUUUUCAAGAAUGAACCCGUAUACCUUGGGCAAGGCUGCUUGUGUUUGUCGGAAGUGGCGUUACACAAUUCGUAACCCCAUCUUUUGGCGCAAUGCUUGCUUGAAGGCGUGGAAGAUCACUGGGGUGGAAGAGAAUUACAUGAAUCUCCAGCUAAAGUUCAAUGGGUCGUGGAGGAGAAUGUGGCUUUUGAGACCACGGCUUCGCACAGAUGGCAUCUAUGUGAGUCGCAAUACAUACAUUCGUGCAGGAGUUGCUGAGUUGAAGAUCACAAAUCCGGUUCACAUUGUAUGUUACUACCGGUAUUUGAGAUUUUAUCCUUCUGGAAGAUUUCUGUAUAAGAAUUCGUCACAAAAGUUGAAAGAUGUAGCAUUGUUAAUGAACUUCCGUGCUUCAAGGGCUAAUAGUGUUUUUAGUGGGAGUUAUACCCUCUCAGAGGACAAGGUUGAAGCUGCCAUUUUGUAUCCUGGUUUGCGUCCAACUGUGCUUAGAAUUCGUCUGAGGUUAAGGGGGACAUCUGAGGGUGCCAAUAACCGGAUGGAUCUACUGGCACUUUUAACUUGUGGUGUGAAUGAGAGUGAGGUUAGCCACCGUGAUGAAGACAUUCUUGGUGUUGUUGAGGGCUGGCAAGAGGAUGAGACACAUAACCCUGAUGUACCAGCUAUUUCACACAAAAGAGGUCUUACACCUUUUGUCUUUGUCCCAUUCGAGGAGGUUGAGACUUCGGUCCUGAAUCUGCCCGUAGAAAGAAUGGAUUACUUUGUUUCUGGCUGAGAACCGGAAGGGUGGGGGGUGCCGAUUGAUGUCUCUUCGUUCCGGAAAAUGUAGACAUAAAAAUGUCAUCCAUAAAGUGGCCGUGAAGCUUUAUAUAUCAACGGCGUGUGCUUCUGCUGCUGUUGUGUCUGUAUAUUCCUGUAAUUUGUUAUUAUAAUAAAAUUGAUAAAAAAAUUUAAAUCUGUUUUUGGUCUGCUUUUUAUUUCACCAUACCAAUCCUUGCUCCAUUUACACACAGUUGAAUUCAUUUACACUGGAAACAAAUCUCAUUUACAUCA